AUGGACCCUACUAGGGUGGUUGAGGCAUUAAGUAAUACUCUGUUGGCAGAAAAACAAGAAAAUGGAACAAAGAUACUCGAUGAGAUGCAUAAAAUUAUUGGAUUUGUUCCUACUCUAUUGAAAAUCAUCCUUGAAGAGACUGUUGAUGUGGGAGUACGUCAAGCAGCAGCUCUUUAUUUUAAAAACAAUAUCUCUGAAUGGUGGAAGCCUGAUGAGCCGGAUGAACCUGGCGAGUUAAGAUUUUGUAUACAUGAGCAAGAUAAGCAAGCAAUCAGAAGUUCUAUUGUAGCAGCUCUUGUUUCGGCGCCAAUUCCUCUACAAACUCAUCUCCAGGUCGCCCUUUCUAAAAUAAUUAAGCAUGAUUUUCCUACUCGUUUCGAAGAGUUCCCUGAACAAGUGAAACAUUUCUUAGAAUCAGGUGAUCGUCAUCAUCUUCGAGGAGCUCUUCGCUGCCUCUAUGCUUUUAUGGAAGUUUACACAUACAAGAAAAACGAUGAGCGCGCAAACACUGUUUCCGCGAUGCAAGUUUUUUUCCCAAUUUUAUAUUCAACGUUGUCGAGUCUCGUCGUUGAGGAAUCCGAGGAUUCUUAUGUACUUCAAACACUCAUUAUCAAAAUAUUCUUUUCAUUUAUAAAUUACCACUUCCCACUUGAUGCAAUGAGUAAACAGUUGUUUACUCAAUGGAUUGAUAUUCUCUGUAAUGUACUCGGUGAUUUCAAAGUAACUCAUUCGGACGCUUCAAGUUCUACUUGGAAACGACAAAAAUGGGCUUUAAAAAUAUUUAACAGGGUUUUCACCCGUUAUGGUAGUCCUGGUUCAGUCAUUAAGCUAUAUCAACCAUUUGCUGACUGGUAUCUUAAGGCCUUCUCAGGGCAAAUAAUAUCAGUACUUCUAAAUAUAUGUGAAGCGUACAGACAAAAAUCAUUCGUCUCCAAACCUGUGCUUAGUCAAACGCUGGACUAUUUUUCCUCGGCACUGGCUAACUCAUUUUCAUGGAAAUUACUACGACCACAUUUUUCUCUUUUGGUCCGUGAAGUUAUAUUCCCAUUAAUGUCAUAUACUGAAGAAGAUGCAGAAUUAUGGCAAGACGAUCCAAUAGAAUACAUUCGAGCUGAAGCUGGUGAUUGGGGUUCGGUAUCUAGUCCAGCGUGUGCAGCAUCUACACUUUUAAGUGAAGCAUGUAUAAAACGACGUGGUGUUCUCAAUAAUAUAAUGCCGUUCUGCAUCCAUAUAUUAAGUUCCGAGAGUUCUCCUGUUGAAAAGGAUGCUGUUUUGCACAUGUACAUAGCUAUAGCUGAAAUCUUACUAAAAAAAGCUGCAUACAAGUCACAAUUAGAAUCGUUUCUUGUCGGUCAUGUCCUUCCGACUUUGCAUGCUCCUGAAGGAUAUCGUCGUGCUAGGGCUUACAGAUUGCUGGAGAAAUUAUCAGAAGCUAAAUUCAACGACCAAAAUAUUUUUGCUCAAGUUGUUGACGAAGUGAGGAAAGCUGCAUGUUUUGAUUCGGAAUUACCCGUUCGUGCGUUUGCUGCACUCUGUCUCUCAGAAUUAGUUCGGUGUCAAGAAACUGCUCAUCAAUUUGUGGCUCCUCAUCUACACGAACUCUUGAUACGUUUACUGGAGCUUCUUCGGCAAACUGAAUUCGAUGAUUUAAACAAUGUAAUCGAAAUAUUAAUACAUACAUUUGAAAAAGAAAUUGUUCCAAUUGCUUCUGAAGUUUUGCAAACAUUGUCAGAUACGUUUCUUCAGCUUGUUAAUAAGUCCGAGAAUGGAUUACCUAAUGAAUCAAACGAGCUUGAGGAUACAGAAGAUCUUUUUGAGUACCGGUCUAUAGUUGCUACAAGUGUUCUAGAUAAUAUGGAGUCUAUUCUACAAGUUGGUGAAGAUAAUGAAAACCUUGUUGCUCAGCUUGAACCCAUUGUUGUGCGUUUGGUUCAGUCUAUAUUCGACCUUAACUUGAGUGUAUUUUUUGAUGAAGCUCUCACGUUCAUUUUCUCCCUGACAACUAACAAGAUUUCCCCACUUUUAUGGCAAGUUUUCGAUCAGCUCUAUCCUGUAUUCAAAAAAGAUGCUUGCGAGUGCUUUUCCGAAAUGAUGCCGUGUCUACAUAAUUACAUAACAGUGGACCGCGAGGCUUUCCUGGCAAAUGCUUCACGUAUUGAACAAGUUACUGCUAUGUGUUUAGAGGUGUUCUCAAUGGAUGACCAAGAAAGAUUACAAAUGCAUGCUGCCAAAUUGCUUGAAGUUAUUUUAUUAGAUUAUCGAGGUCAAGUGAAUCCAUAUGUACCAAAAUAUGUUGAGCUAGCACUUACACGUCUUACACGUCCGCUUGUUUCAAGUGAACUUAGAACACUCUGUAUGCAGGUGGUGAUUGCUGGAUUGCUUUACUCACCUAUGGAUAUGCUUCAUAUGAUGAUCGAGCAUCCAUGGCCUGGGACAGAGGUUAACAUUUUGUCCGAAUUCCUUAAACGAUGGAUUCAAGAUGCCGACUGUUUCCUUGGAUUGCAUGAUCGCCGCCUUUGUGUCUUAGGACUUUGUUUGAUUAUUUCUCUUCCGGCUGAUAAACGAACUGAAGCAAUUGUAACACUCAGUGAAAAGUAUAUACCGUCCCUUCUACUUCUAUUUUCUGGACUGAAAAAGGCGUACGCAACAAAAGCCUCCAAUCAAAAUGAAGAUGAUUCAGAUGAAGAAGAAUCUGAAACGGAGGAAGAUUUAGAAGGUAAAGCUUUGGGAAGCGAUGAAGAUGAAGUAGACGAAGAGAGUAUUCGCUAUUUAGAAAUGUUAGAGGCGACUAAAGAUUCAGAAGACGAUGAUGAUGAGGAUGUUGACGACGAUGAAGACGAUGAAGAAGAAACAUUGGAGGCGUUUGACACACAAAUGGAUAAGUCUGAAUGUGAUAUGGAUGAAUAUGUAACGUUCUAUCGUGUAAUGACUGAAUUGGAAAGAACUGAUUAUGCAUGGUAUAGUCAGUUGAUCAAUCAUCUUAGUGAAGUACAACAAAAUGAUCUCAAAGGUGUAGUGGAUACUGCUCUGAAAUGUAUCCAGCAAAAAGAGUCUAAAAUUAUUGAACAAGCUGGAGGAUACACUUUUUCCCCGAAUAUUCCUAGUAGCUUUGAUUUUGGUUCACCCAAUGGACAACUUAAAUGA